GCGUGGGUAGACACUGGAUAUUCCUAUAAUAGUUCUAGUGAACUCUGCUUUGAAAAGACCAAAGACCUAAUAAAUAUUUAGGACCAGAUCCUCAGCUGGUGUAAAUUAGUGUAGCUCCCUUAGGAUCAAGGGAGCUAUGUUGAUUUACACCAGCUGAGGAUCUGCCUCAAACAGUUUUUCCCUUCAAGUAAAAAGUGAUCAUCCUUCAGUUUACCUCAGAAAUGUAUAUGCUGUAUGUGGAGCCUGAUUUUAGUACAGACUGCAAAAGGGAGGGAAAGGUUUACUGAGUAGGAGAGACGCAGAAGUUUUGAGACAAUAACGAGUUCUAUUUUGGUGCCUCUGGGUCAGUGGUGGAAGCAACUGAGGCAGUAGAGGGUGCAGCAUCCCUUUAUGUAGCCUGACUCUCAGAGGCACAGCAGGAGGAGCGCUCAAACAGGCACUGCUUAGAGAAGGUUUGGCACUUAGCUUGCACUGGUCAGCCAUUACCCAUACAUGUGAAUAUGCAGAAUCAUUUCGAAGAACUCCAGUUACAAGAAAGAGAAAUCUGAUUACUGGGUUGAAUGAGGUUUGAGGAGAUGCUUUCUUCAUAUUGGACACUCUUUGCUUUCUUCAUAUUGGACACUUAUCGAAGAGAGAGGAAAAUAGGAGAUUGAAAAGGAAGAGAAUGUGUCCAACUCGGGCAGAAGGAAAAGAGAAGCACAUUCAUACCAGGCCAGAAACCACAAAAAUGUUCCAAAAGGCUUUGGGGAAGGGAGAAGUAGUAACCGAGCUCGCUGACUCAGACAAUGAGGAGGUGGAGAUAAAGUGCAUCCUAGAAUAUCUUGAAAGCCGCGAUUUGUCAUCUGUGGAGCACGAGCUCCACAUCUUGAGAAACCUAGAAAGAAAAAUCAGUGCUAUCACCCAUCUGCAUAGUGACCUGGCCCAGCGGCUGGUUGACAUCACCUCCAUCACUGUCAUCAAGGAUAAGGAACUGAAGGAGGAAUUUGAGGAGGCUGCCAUUGCCAUUAUAGUGGCCGUUGGUAAGCACUGUCCAGGAGAGGUCGUGGCCACACUGCAAGAGAGAUUCCAGUCAAAAGUCCUGCCGCUCCACCAAGUCCUCUGUGCUGUGGAGAAGCUCUGUCAACUCAGUGUAAUGGCUCCCUACAUAGGUGCAAUGUGGGACUGUGUCCUUCCAGCCCUACCCUUGGUAGAGUCAGAAGAAUAUAUGCUGGUAUUUAGUGAUGUACUAAGAGGACUUGCCAAGUAUGCAUCAAGGUACCUUGCUGAGCCACCACAAGGAGCUAAGAAGCUCGACAUUACCGGAGAAACAGCAGCUGCCAAAGCCUACGUGACUUUCCUGGUGUUUUUCAACAAGUGGUUCCCAACUGCGAAGGGGAAGGUGAUGGAAGCCACGCUGGAUGUAAUCGGCCAGCUGUUUUCCAUCAUGUCUGUUCAAACACUAAAAAAUCAUCUACAGUGUUUGAUCUCACAACUCCUGCAUCAGUAUGGGACCAGGAUACAACAUUUUUAUGUCACAGAGUGCCUAUGCCAUCUUCUGCAUGCUGUACUGUGCCACCAGAAAUGGAGUAAGAGGCUGUACCAGAGUCUUGACAAUAUUCUUAGUUCUCUCUUCGCACAAGUUUGCACUAAGACUGAUGAAUCAGAUAUGCUAAGUAAAUGUAACCAGACCUCUGCAUUGCGAGCCUUCCAAGUGCUGGGCCCAGUUUAUCAGGAGGAGAUUAUGGCUUUCCUCAGAAAACAGAUGGAAGGCUCAGAAGAGGUGAAGUGCACUGCAGCGCUCACAGUCUUGAGAGAAGUUGCCGAGGAGUCUCCUCAUAUGGACAAAGUGAAAGAGAUUAUGGUGCAGUCUGUGGCUCUCAUCAUACAGGAAAACAUCUAUAAGAUAAAAAGGCCUCUCUUGCAGUUGAUUAGAAGUUGUGCAUGCUGUGGAUAUCUCACUCUGCCAGGAGGCAGUGUAUUGGUGGAUUUUCUCAUUCGGCAGUGUGAGCUUCCUGGCAGCAUUGUGAAACAUGGAAGUGACUGGGAUGAAGAGGCAGUCCAGGUGUAUAGUAUCAACACCUUAAACCUGGUGCCCUGGAAAAUGCUACUGCAGUUUGUGUGCCCUCUGGAGUAUGCCAAUACUUUCAUCCCCGUCUGCAAGACCUUGACGUCUUUGUUCAUAAAGUCAGGGAAAGGAGGCCUGUCUCCUUACCUGGGGGAGUUACACAGACGACCAACCGAACUCCCAACCCCUCAGGCCCUUCUGAUCCGCCUUUUGGUAAGAAAUUCUCAUCUAUUUGGUCCAGGAUAUUUGCAUUUAGUUCAAUAA